GACUCGGGUGCGCCGGAAGGAAGCAUCGACUACACCACGAUUGUUCUCUUGCACGGUUAUGGAUGGCAUAGCGGCGUAUUCGCGAAAUUGGUCCCUAUCGCUGGCCGAUUUAACGCCCGCGUUGUACUGGUGAACAGACAAGAUUAUCCGGGAGCUGAGCCGUUCACGCUAGAAGAGCGAGCCGAGCUGUUGAAAGCGGCCAUCGAGCUGAAAACGAAUCCCCUUUCCGCGAGGGACAGGCUCGAUGUGUUCAUGAAGGGACAAGCACGCGAAAUAUACGAUCUACUUAUCCACCUCGUGGCCGAACAUCACAUUCCUCCAGCACGCCCCGAGGCAAACACAGGCGGAAUCAUAAUCGGAGGAUGGUCGUUUGGGGCGUCUUGGAUGACGGCGCUUCUGGCAAAUGUUGCGUCGUUCCCUGUGCAUGAUAUCGAACUGAGCCGUUACGUGCGGAGAGUGGUCUUCUACGACACCUCAGACGUCGCUCUCGGAUUCCCAACUCUUCCGCAUGUCUACUUCCCUCUGACAGACCGGACGAUCCCAGCGGAACAACUCGCACAGCUAUUCGCCGAAUGGGUCACCGCAUAUUUUGCACAUGGAGAC